UGAACCGUUUAGACCUUGAGGUUUGCGCGGUAUUGGUAACAGCUGUUGUCACGUCUUGGUUUUAAGAAUGGACUCAAUAACUAACACUGUGCUUCUUAAUAGAAACAUGUGUUUUUCCGGUCUAUUUAUUUUGUCGAGUUAAAAAGCAUUAGAAUUUUCCUAACACAGUUAACUGUGUUAGAAAUAAUAAAUGUCAGUGUCUGGUUUACUAAAUCCUCAUUUAUCGAAGCACAUCAAUACUUACUUGAUCCGUGUUGCACUGAAAAUGUAGAAAGUCAUUCGAGCUGCUCGUUUUCCACCAUGACCCUGUGGUGGACCAGACAAAUAUGAACGUGAAAAAAUGUUAACCAAGUUAUAAAGAACGAAACUAAAUUCCUCAGAAAACUGGUAAGUAGCAGCGCUUAUCAAAAACCAAGCUCGUUCUAUAAACUUUAGUACAUCAUGAAUUACGAUGGUUAUACUAACAUUUACCACCCCGGUUCUCAGCAACCGGGAUACUACAACCCGUCCGAAAUGCAAUUCAGUCAAUUUUCAUAUGAAAAUGCAAAUUCAAUACCAUCUCAACCUAUCAAUCUUCCCUUCUCACAAGUACAAUAUUCCUCUGCUGCGAUGUAUGAAGGAAAAGAAGAGGAUUACGAAAAUGAACCACCUCUGUUGGAAGAACUUGGUAUCAACUUUAGUCACAUUGUACAAAAGACAUCAUCUGUCCUCCUUCCUUUUAAAGAAAGUUCUCAAGAAGUGCUUGACGAUACAGAUUUAGCCGGACCUUUGGUUUUCUGCCUGCUAUUUGGUUGUACCUUAAUGUUUGCUGGAAAAAUUCACUUCAAUUAUAUCUAUGGAUUAGGUGUAUUUGGUUGCUUGGGUAUUUACCUCCUGUUAUCAGUUAUGACGCCUAGAGGAGUUACACCAACUUGUGUCAUUUCAACAUUAGGAUAUUGCCUACUUCCUAUGUGUCUUUUAUCUUCAUUUGGGAUUGUAUUUUCUCUUAAAAGUAUACUAGGUGUCGUGUUGACAGCGACUGUCGUUUCGUGGUGCACAAUUGCUUCCAGUAAAUUGUUUGUUCGUAGUUUGGAUAUGCAACACCAACGCAUUCUUGUGGCGUAUCCAUGCGCCUUAGUGUACUGUGUAUUUGCACUCCUAGUUGUGUUUUGAUUUGCUUUCUGUUAUUUAAAUUAUUGGAUACAUAGCUGUCAGAUUUACUGAUGGAUAAACUUAUGAUGACCUGUAAUAUUUAUCAUGCGAAAAAGACACAUUUUUUCUAUUAAAACAUUCAUUAAAAAUGGAAUUAUGUUUGUUUAUGAAGCACUGUUAGAAAUAUACUGGGUUUCACUUGGAAUUAUGUGC